UCCCAAGCAGGAUUUGCAUGAGUUGCGCUGCUGCGAAAGGCUGCAGCUCAGUCGUCUGGAAAGGCGAAGUGAGUGGCGAGGAAGAGUCGUCUGUCUGCAGGACGCAAAGCCCCGGUUCCCCUCCUCCGGAUCGCGUCGUUGUCCUCCCCCCCCCCCCCCGGAGAACAAUUCUACAAAAAUGGAGCUGCCGGCGGUGGGGGAGCAUGUCUUCGCGGUGGAAAGCAUCGAAAAGCAGCGAAUGCGGAAGGGCCGAGCGGAAUAUCUCGUCAAAUGGAGGGGAUGGUCCUCCAAAUAUAACACGUGGGAGCCCGAGGAAAAUAUCCUGGAUCCCAGGCUGCUAAUCGCUUUUCAAAACAGGGAGAGGCAAGAGCAACUUAUGGGAUACCGCAAGCGAGGACCAAAACCAAAGCCACUGGUAGUUCAGCUGCCAUCUUUUGCACGUCGCUCUAAUAUCCUCAGCGGCCUGCAGGACCCAGCCGUGGAGAACAGGCCCAAGCUGGAUCUCAGCAGCUCAGGCAAAAGCCAGCAGCAUCAGUACGAACUCAACAGCAAGAAGCACCAUCAGUAUCAGCCCAACAGCAAGGAGAGCAGCAUCAAACACCAGUCGCACAGCAAAGGGAAGUACUACUAUCAGCUGAACAGCAAAAAGCACCACCACUAUCAGCCGGACCCCAAGAUGUAUGAACCUCACUACCAGCCUAACAACAAGGAGCCACAGCAAGGACAGGCCUGCUUGGAGCACAGCAAAAGCCCGUUAAUGUCCCAGUCAGACAAGUGGUCCCAUGGCUCCACAAAGAGUUUGCUGAAUCCUAUCAAGAGUUUGACUGGGGUUGAAGGAAAGAACGGGGCAGAGAAGAACCUCUCCAAUGGUACAGGGCCACCAACACCAUCUCCCCGGGAGGGCGUGACCAGCAAUGGCAUUGGUGGCAAAAUGAAAAUUGUGAAGAACAAAAAUAAGAAUGGACGCAUUGUGAUUGUCAUGAGCAAGUACAUGGAGAAUGGCAUGCAGGCAGUAAAGAUUAAGUCUGGAGAGCCCCCAAAGAAGCGGGUGGCCGAGGAGAGGACUACUAAGAGAGCGUCGGAGGAGAGACAGGACUCCUGGAAAAAGCCCGGGGAGGAGAGGUGGCUGAAUAGUGCUCUCAGAGGGAAAGCUGGCACAGAGGUCAGUCAGCUUCCUUCUGAGAUAGGAAGCAGCCCUUCCAAGACAGUGGCUUCCAGCCAAGAACCACCUGUUCCUGAGCAGCAGCCUUUGCAGCUGACCACCAAGCCCAACCUGGUUGCCUGGACCCUGGAUCCCAGCCAGCAGGAGCAGACUUCCCCUACCCCAGGACUGAGCCUUUCACCCAGUUACAGUGGCUCCCGGAAACGCUGCCUUUCUGAGCCCCAUGGAGACAAGGAGAGUGGCAAGAAGCGCCUCACUUCCCGGAGCAUUAGUGCCCCCACCUCCCUGAACUCUCCUGCCCCGGAAAAACUCGAGUCCCCGGCCUUUCCCACCUCUCAGCCUGAGGUCAUCCUGUUGGACUCUGACUUAGAUGAGCCCAUAGACUUGCGUUGUGUCAAGACUCGGGGGGACAGGGAGCUUGGCUUAGUGCAGGUGAAGCCGGAGAUUGUGCCAGUGUCACCAGAACAGUCGAGGCCAGAGCCGGAAAAGCAGGUGGAGCACUUUGAAGUGGAGGAGGAAGAGGAGCCCGUGCAAGAGUUCAAGCCUUUUUUUGGGAAUAUAAUAAUUACAGAUGUGACUGCAAACUGCCUGACAGUGACCUUUAAGGAAUAUGUGACAGUGUGAGGAGCUUAGGGGCAAGCUCUUCCUCCUGUCUCUCUCCCUAGGCAGCCUGGCUCCUCCCCUAAGAUACCGCUCUACCCGGAGAAACUCUUUGGCACUGCGGAGCAGCAGCAAAGAGCAGGUCCUCUUGAGAUCAAACACACUUCGCUGCCUGGAAGAAGGGAGGGUCGGGUGCAAGGCUUCCCCUCAGCCUUCAGGGCUUCCUGCAAGGUGCUCUUCGCCUGCCAGAAUCUCGGGCAUCAGGAUGCAUCGAGGGGUGCCGGCUCCCCAGUUAACUCACGGGAGAAGAGUUCUAUAGUAUUAUAUUUUAACAGUGCUAACUUGUUCAGUGGUUCAUGCUCCCGUUUGUAUGUGGUGUUGCUAAAAAAUGUAUUGUUUGAACUGAAGGCAGGCCUCCCCAGGUGGGUCAUGCAAUUAUAUUUAUUUGUAGGUAUUUAUAUAAUGAAAUAUAAAAAGCCUAGAUUUAUGGAGUUCCCUAGAAUGCCCUAUAUAUAUAUAUAAUUAUAUUAAAUACAUAUAUAUUAUAUAUAUAUAAAAAGCUAUAUCAGAAUAUUUUCUUUCUUUCCCUUUUUAAAAGCCACCUCUUUUUGAUUUCCUUGCUCCUUGUUUUUGUAAAACUGCAGGACCAUCAUUCAUAUAUAUAUAUAUAUAUACACACGGGAUGUGUGUGUGUGUGUGUGUGUAUGUAUAUAUGUAUAUAUACAGUAUAUAUGUAUACAUGCACACAUACACACAUUUUUCUAUCUCAGUGUGCAACCCCCCCAAAUCAUCUAAAGCUAUUAUAGAAAUUGCUGCUACUAGAAAUGUCUAAACUAUACGCUUCCAAUUAUUAUGAAUUGCUUGAAUGUAAAUAUUAAAUGGUAAUAUGUGGAAAGUGCAUUUGAUGUUCUGCAGCUGGCCUAGGCCGGGAUGGCAAAAGCUAGCUGUGAAGCAGGAGGGCCUCAGCCCCUGACAGGCACCUUGGUGCCUUCAGAAACCAGAGGGAGGAGGAAGGUAAACUCUGUGUCAUGCAGUCAUUACAAAGGUCUAUAAACCUUUCAAAAAAUGACAGGUGGUGUGGAGUCCUUUUAUUGAAACAUUUGGGAUCCUGGCUGCAACACAUACAGUUCAAGUGGCCAACCUGGUUGCUUGCUUUUCAGAUGCAGACGAGAGAGACUCGGGUAAUAACCUUGUGGUGCCACAAACAGAACUUCAUGACAUACGAAGUUCUCAGAGUCCUCAAAAGCUGGGCUUGCAAAUUAUAGGUAAGCAGUUUUGCUGUGGAAUGCUUUCUGAAAUAGUGCAAGGAAAAGGGAGGAGCCACACACAUUUAUUAUCACCAAACUGGUUCGUACAUAAUGACCUGGAACAUGCUAUUAUCUUGCCCAUGGUGUUCUAUAUGUAAUAGAAAACAUUAUCUUAAGUCAGUUUUAAUUUCUUAAGAAAGCUUAAAUAUAAUGAGUCAUUGAAAUGAAAUGAUAGUAAAAGGCUUCUUUCUCCACUGCCUGUGACAUCUAAGCCUUAAGAAUGAUUUAUUUUGAACGCGGUGGGUGCUCUGCCCUGUUAGGUUGGGGUGUGUGCAGGAAGGUGAAUUUUACAUCGGUAGCAUUUACCAAAAUCGUUCUAACUAGAUUUCCAACUAUAGUCACCAGAAUGCUGCUCACCAUUAAGCAAACAAUGCCUUUGCUUUUGCCUAUUCUUGCAUGUCAUGCAGAGAUAAAGAACAUGGCACAGUUAGUGGGUAGCAGCAGCAGCAGCAGCAGCUUAUUUGCUGUAAAGGUUAUUGAGAAAGCCAAAUAACAGUCUUCCUCAAAGAAUGCGGUUGAGCUGUGGUAACUGAAACCCCUGGUUCAGAGAAUGUUUCAUAACCCCAAAGUAAUAUAUCUCUUGUCUCUGAAAAAUCAAAAUUAACUGAAAAGAAGCUCUCCUACCAGAUGUCUCCAGGAUAAGUCCUGAUCAGCAGAAUGGAAGGUGCUAGCAGCCUGUAUCUCAGCAAGUUGUUGGUUUCUCUAAUUCAGCAUUGUCAGUACCAGCAGGAAGGCUGCUUGGGGCUUUGUGCUUGCUAAGCAUGUAUUUGGUCUCUGAACUAAGGAGUGUGGCAGAAUUCAUUAAAACUUGGGCCUGAGCUCUAGAAGCAUGGAGGAUACACCAGAUCUGAAUCUAAAUAAUAAUCAAGGUUGAAACACUUUGCUGAAGAUAUUGGGUUCUGUGGGGGAGGAUGAUGGAGACAGUCUUGUGAACACAAUGACAAGGAAAUUACACUUCUCUGUUUGGGAAUGGUUUCAUCUUGCCCUGCGGUAGAUAAUAGAUGUUUAAGGCAGCCAUCCCAUCGCUGCAAAGCAAAUAAGAAUUUGAAGGAAUUAAUGCUAAUUCCCAUCUGAGUAAUCAAAGAUGCUAGCUAGGGUGAAAAAUCAAUCCUUUCUUGGAAGCAAAAUGAAUUGAAGGCAGGACAUGCUUUCCAAGAAGCACACCUUCAACUGGAUUGUGUGUGUCUGACUCAUGCUAACACCUCUCUGAGAAAGAGCGGAGGACUUUAAUCGUGUCACAACAUUGAACAACAGUUCAUGGAAAUUGAACAAAGUCUCUUUCAAAAAAUGUUGGAAGAAGGAUAAAAACUAACACAGUGGCUGUAAUCUGUCCGAUUAAUGGCCUGAUUUGGCUUAAAACUGCUCAAAAGCAACCCCCAAUUUUUGGGGUUUUUUUUCCUCUCCUACAUGUAAAUAUACUUCUUUUUUUAAAAAAAAAAAUCAAACCUUUCUUCCCGAGCCAAAUUCUUGUUAAAUAUAAACCAGUGGUAAGCUAUUGCAAUAAUAUGGCAACCUAUAUCUAUACAGAAACAAGUGCCAUUGAACUGAAUUGGAUUUCCUUCAGGUAAAUGUGUAUUGAGUUAUGGUCUGUAAGAACAAAGUUGGAUUUCCAAAUUAAAAUUUUAAGAAUUUUGGGGAAACUCAAGGGAAAAAUUUAAUAUAUUUUUUUUAAUUAAAUUAUGUUCCUAUCUUCUGCCUCAUCAGUUUCUCAUAAAUUGAUUUAUCACAUUUAUUCCUAAUUUAAAGGUAGAGAGAAAUUGAAGAAAAGCCCUUUUAUUUUUCAAAAUAAAAAUGCUGUGUUCCCAUC